AUGAGGACGACGACCCGUUUUCGUUUAGGAAAAUCUGAUCGUCAUCCUACUCUGAAGGAGCCUCGCGAUCAUCAGAGAGAUAAACGAGAUUCAUCGGCUCGGCGAUCUCCGCUCAAAUUGAGCCAUCGGUCUGAUUCAGCGUCCAAAGACCGUUCGAGAGGGUUCAGAGGACCAGAACACUUGAAUAGCGAUCGAGCUGUUUCCUACCGUAGUAAAGAACGAUCAGAUUGCCGGCGCAGCCGCACGAAGGAAGAAAGCCGACACGAGUCCACUAGAAGGUCUCAUUCUCCUCAAGCCGCAUGUGUGAGGUCGAAAAGACGAAAACUGUCGACGUCUUCCCACAACGAUGCUGAGGGACAGGAACAGGAGCUUGUGGUUUCUGACAUCGAGUUGGUUAUGGUGGAUGAGGAUGAAGUUGAAGAUGGCGAGGUUUUGGAUUAG